AUGGGUGUCACUACCUUUACUGAAGAUAUCAGUAUCCCCAUAGCUCCGGCUAGGAUCUUCAAGGCAGGGGUCCUUGAUGCACGCAACUUACUUCCUAAACUCCUUCCGGACAAGAUCAAGAGCAUUGACGUUCAAGGAAAUGGUGGGCCCGGAACCAUUGAACAGAUCAACUUAGCUGAAGGCAGCCCUUGCAAAUGUGUAAAGCACCAGAUCGAUGAAAUUGACAAGGAAAAUUUCACAUGUAAGCAUACUGUGAUCGAAGGUAUUGUAAUCGGAGACAACAUCAAAAAGAUUGUUGAAACAGCUAAAUUUGAGGCCUCCCCAGAUGGAGGAUCCAUUUGUAAGACGACAUCUGAGUACCACACCGUUGAUGACUACAAGGUCACAGAAAAAGAGCACAAGACAGCUAGGGAUAUGGCAAGACGGGUCUAUAAGGUUGUGGAAGCUUACCUCUUGGAGAACUCAAAUGUCUAUGCUUAG